GGCUGGCACAUGCUAUUCUCCACAAUUUGAAUUAUACUCAAUAAAAGUGAAGAUCAUACACCAAUUUUAUCGUAUGUAAAGUAAAUUUCGUGAAAAACAUUGUUAAGGGCCAAAACUUGGCCCAUUUCAUUUCUCUGAGGAGCCUAUAUAAUCUAUAGAAAACGACCACUUUGGAAAAUUAAAUAAAACCCAAUACAAUAAAAUUUGUAUACAAAGUAUAGUCACUAUUUAAAGAAAAUAUCUCAAUAAUUAAGAUGAAACAAUAAAAUUGCUGGGAAACCAUGUUACUGCUGAGUGUUUACCGACAAAAGUAGCCGAUGAGCGAGUAAUUUGAGUUACCUCCCUUUGCGUAAAAAAAUAAAAUGACCCAAACCUUGCAUAAAAUGCAAUUUUUGCAGAAAAGAAUAUUUAUUUAGAAUACAUCUACCUUAUUUCAAUAUGAUUUAUACAAAAUGUAAACGUUUAAAUCUUUUUUUAAUUAUAUGGUCAAAAUAUAAAUAUUCAGCCCGGAUCUCAUCAAGGUUUCGUGGGUAAAAAAAGAUGGCUGACAGGUGAUGGAAAAGUGCAGUUUCUCUGGCAGUGGUCCUUGUUUUGGGGACUUAACACCCCUUACUAGUUGUUCUAAAGAUAUAAGCGGGCAUUUAAGAUAUCUGAAAGUUGGAACGCCUUACAAUUCAACCGAGAUUGACCUCCUGCUCUACAGAUCGGGGUAUUUUGAUGUAGAGCGAUUGUGCAGACGACUUUUACUAGUAUGCCAAUGUCAUCGUGAUUCUUUGGGGAUUUACUGGAGGCAACGCACCAUCAAAUGCUGUUAUCCAUUACAUAAAGGAAAAUGUAAACCAGACAGAGCUGUGAACUUCAGCGUGUCUAGGGAAAUAUUUUACCUAUUUCAAGAAGUUGUUCCCGUUGGAAGUGGUAAUAUAUCAAUGUCGAAUUUUCUCUGAUCUUUUUCUUAGAUAAUUUUGUCUUUGGUUGUUUGACAAUUUUGAUAUAAAUUCUCAUUAUGGAUCAAUGCCAACAAUUCAUUUGAUAAAAUUAGUUUUUGUUUGAAAAUAAUUGUUUGUUUGUUUUUUUUCAAUGUAGGAAUUUGUAAAACCUGCAGAACACAACACCUCUAAAUCGUUGAAUCAAGAAACAAUGAAAUCCUAUGCGGACAAGAUGAAGAAGGUAAAAAAUAAUAAAAUAGAUAUGAGUGAUAAGCUUUUAGGAAAUGUUUUCUGUAAAUGUUUUUUUUUUGUCCUGCAAGCUAUGUACAUGUAAGCACUGUAUGUAUAAAAAUUAUUAUAUUUAUUCAUAUAAUUAAAUAUUGUGUGACCAUUAUAAGAAUCACCAAAAUAUAUAUACUAUAAUGACUUGGAGCUGUUAAAGGUUGAUUUGUGUACAGUGUUACUACUAAAUGCAUGAUUACCUUUUUCUUUGUCUAAUCACGUUAAAUGGAUUAUAUGUCACUGGGAAACAUGAACAUGUUAUUAUUAUUGGUUGUAUGCCUAUGCUUAGAUGUAUAAAAAUAUUAAAGUACUGCCACAAUUUUUAAAAAGCAUGUAAAAUAUAUCAUUUCAAAAUCCAUUUUGGUCAUCUUCCAAAUUUAUAGAAAGUGGGGAAUUUGGAAGUGAUUACUUAAAAUGUUUACACACAUUAAAUUCUAUAUCCCAAAGAUUUUACUGAAUUAUUAUGUCAGAGAUUGAAGAUCAUGUUAGUGUUGGCCAUGCCAAAUUUUACAUACAGAUGGCACAUGGUAUAGCAGUAAAUUUCAAAGUCAGACCACUCCCUUGCUGAACAUGUCAGGAAAAUUUACAGUUUCAAAAUUUGGCUCUACCCAUUUCCUUUUAUACUCCUACUGGCCUCAGUUUUAAACUUAUAGCUCAAGUGUUCUAACACUGGAUUUUAAACAAUCAUAGCUGAGUUAUUCCCUUUUGAAUCUGCAAAGUGAUCAUGGUAGUAGGCAUUAUCAUUUGAUAUGCAUACAUAUGCAAGUCAUUAUUAGUUUGUCUUUUCAUUUUUAGCUGGGGUUGAGGGUUCUACAAGUGUCGCAGCUCAAAUUUCUACCCCUCUGUCCUCAAUGGAAGCUGCAAAGCCUGACAUGGAAAAUAAUGAUAGUCAAAUUACUCUUACUGCAAGCCAAUUCUCUGACUGUAGCACUUCCGAUUUGGGAUCCCAAACACUGAGCAGUCUAGAUGAAUGGGAACCAGAGAUGUCUGCCUUAGAGAGAGUCAAUCAUGUAAUUCGUCAAAUAUCAGAUGACAGAAUAUCCCCGCUAAGAUCUCAGCUGAGUACAAGAUGGGAAGAUGCAUCAGAAAGAACACGAAACUAUUACAGACAGAAGACUUGUGACAUAAUGAAAAACAUUACAGAACUAAUAGCUCCCCUUCAAUCCGAAAUUUUGUUGACAGAUAUUUCUCGAAAACAAUUUACAGCUGACAAAGAUAAUGAUGACCACUACUUCAACUCUAUGGUUGCAGCAUAUCAAGAAGCAGGAUCUCCAUUUCUAAAGCGACAAAUUUUAUCACUCUUUGUGAACCACUAUUCAAAAGAAACACUUACUGCUAUACCCGGAUUAACAAAGCACAAGAUAGACUCUGCUAGGAAGUAUGCCAUGGUGAAUAGAACUGACCAGCUUGAUUCAACUUCUUCAUUCUCAUCAAAACUCCCCACAGACAAAGUUCAACAUUUCAUCAGUUUCAUUUCCCAACCACAAUUUAUCCAAGAUGUAGCUUUUGGAGAAAGAAUCUUAAAACUGUCAAGUGGCCAAAAAGUACACAUUCCCGAUGUAGUAAGAACUGUGAUUGGUAGCAGAAUAAUAUCCUCAUACCUUGCAUAUUGUGCGGAAGUCAAUUUUCAUGCACUGAAGAGAUCAAGUCUUUACCACAUCUUAAAACAGUGUGCAGCAAGCCAGAGGAAAAGCCUGUUUGGAUUGGACAAUACUACAGCAGAUGGCAUGACAGCAUUUGACAAACUGGUGCAGUUAUCAGAAAAUAUGGUUGCAUACAGUCCAAAUACAAGAGAAAAUGUAUUUAAGGAUAUCGAGUCUAGAUUGCACACUGAAAAGCGAUAUCUCUCAUAUGAUUACCGAUGGCAUGUUGAAGAGUGCUCCACAUUCCAGACCAUUGCAUACAAUACUCGUUAAGUCAUGAGAACUUCACCAAUCUUUCAAAGACAUGUCCUCAUGAACAUGAUGAAAGCUGCAAGUUCUGUUCAGAUAUCCAUGCAGCUAUUGAUGAUAUUGAACAAAUCAUUGUGAGUGGACAGUAUUUCACCAAUGAAAUAAGAAGAGAGUUUAUUCAUGACUUUCAAAUAUGUAAAGAAAAUAUUCUACAGUGGAAACAACAUAUUUUGAGAACAGUUAAUCAGGAAACAGCAAAAACAUCAGUAUUAGAAAACUUGGAAGAGGAUCAAGCCCUUGUUGUAAUGGACUGGGCCAUGAAAUUUCUACCAUGGAUAGACCGCGAAAAGCAAACUGAUUUUUAUGGGAAAAAGGGCAUCAACUGGCAUGUGAGUGUUGUACUAUCUAGAAAUGAAAGAAGUCAGAUAAGUACUGACUGUUACGUACAUCUGUUCAAUAGCAUACCGCAAGGCUGGUUUGCAGUAGCUUCAAUUCUGGAGAACGUUCUUCAUUGCAUCAAAAUACAGAACGACAAAAUAACAAAAGUUUAUCUCAGAAGUGAUAAUGCUGCUUGUUACCAUUGUAGUCCACUGAUAGCAUCCAUCCAUGGCAUAUCCGAAAGAACAGGAAUUAACAUUUGUCGAUAUGACUUUAGUGAGGCACAAAGUGGCAAAGACAUAUGUGACAGACGCACAGCUCCUAUGAAAAUUCAUGCAAAACGCUUUGGCAAUGAAGGGCAUGAUAUAACCACUGCUGAGGAGUUGAAAAUUGUCCUCGAGAGUUACGGUGGCAUUCAAGAUUCACAUGUGUACACGGCUGAAGUCAAUUUCGAUCAUCAGAAUGUGAAAAAAUGCUCUAUUCCAGGCAUCAACAUGUUUAAUAACUUCAAAUUUGAAGACACUGGUAUACGAAUGUGGCUUGGAUAUGGUAUUGGAGAGGGAAAAUUCGUUUCUUAUAACAGUUUAUCAUCUACCUCUCAAGGAGACACAAAUCUUACAAUUUUGGAGCAUCCAAUGGUGACAAAAAGGGGUAACACUUGCCAAAGGAAAAGAAAGUUCAAAGAAACUCUCCCAAAUCAGGAGGAAGCUUCUAUACAUGUGGUAAAUGAAGUGAUGGAUGUUGAGGAUGAAGUCACAGACGUGGUAGAUGAAUACACAUGUGGUGAAUGUGGUGUUGCAUUUACUUCUCUAAAAGACUAUAACAUCCAUCAAGACAUCGGCAACCACAAUAUGACAUCAUCUGACCAUGUGAAAAUUCUGUGGACCAGGAAAUGUGUUGGCAUCAAAGAGAAAGUCACCAAGCAUCCCUCUCUUAGUGAAAUAGAAAAUGCAUGUGCCCAGAGAAGUUUAGUGAAGGGCUGGGCUCUCAAAGGCAAAAGAAUCAGUAAACGGUUCAAUAAGAAGGUUAAGGACUUUGUUGCUCAACUCUUCAAAGAAGGAGAAAGGACAGGGCGUAAAUAUACACCAACAGAGGCUUCAAAGAAAUUAAGAACAGCAAGAGAUGAGGAUGGAAGCAGAACAUUUUCACCAGAGGAAUGGUUGAGUUCCCAGCAAGUCCAGGGACUGUUUUGUAGAUUUGACAAAAAAUCUAAUUUUGUUGUUGAACCUAAAGAAGAGACUGAUGAAGACUAGAAUGACAUUAUUUAUGAAAUUGCAUGUCAAGAAAAUGAAAAUAAGCUAACAAAGUCAAUUUGCAUGUAGAAUAUAAUAGUCCCAAGUAAUGCAUCAAACUACAUAUUAGUACAGAAAUACAAACAUCAGUUGAUAUAUACUUUAGAUUCCUUAUUGUAUGGAGUACUUUUAAAUAUGACGAAAUGAUUCAUAUAUGUGAAAUGCAGUCUGUUGAUCAAGAGUUUUUGCAUUCAUUUUAACAACAGGAAAAUAAAUGAUUGAUUGAUUGAUGUUUUCCGCCACACUCAACAAUUUUUCAGUUAUAUGGUGGCAAGUAUUUUCAUUUUGUGAGCGAUUCCUCGCACACAUUUAGGAGUAUGUAUUAUUAAAUUUGCCAAUUCUGGAUUUAAUUAGAAAAAAUUAUGAAAUUUUCAAGAAUUCAAAUUUCUUGUAAUGUUCAAAGUUUAUGAUGUUACCCUUCCUUAUAUAC